GCCAGCGUUGCUGGGUUGAAGAUGUCGCUUUAGCAGGCUGUCACUUAGUAAUUAUCCGAAGUGGUUAUUGCGCUUUACGCAGCAAUGGACUCAGAAGAUCAAUCGCCGCAAGUCGAGGGGACCCCGGGGUCUAGAGCUAAGGCUCGCUCGGAUCAUUUGAUGAAGCGCGUAUCCAGAGCAUGUCUGCACUGCAGACAGCGCAAAUCCAAAUGCGACCUGGAUAGCAGCGGCAGCCCGGGAGUCCCGCCAUGUCAGCGAUGUAUCAGGGACAACCGUGAGUGUGUUCUGGGCAGCUCCAACCGAGGAGGACGCCGGAUUCGGAAGAAUAAAAUCAAGAAUUUCACACCAGACAGCAAUACCCCGAUACGGAGGGAUUCCGUCAUCGAGGCACCAAGCCCGUCCAAUUCAGAGAACCGUCAAACGGCGUCAAGCUCUUAUCCUGGACCGGUUGUGUUUCUGCCUCCCGAUCCACCGACUGCAACUUCAAUGUCAGUCGACGAUGAAGAUGCAGCUUCUAUUGGAGACGUUCCCCGAAACCCUUCUGAUGCCUGGCAGUGCCUGACUGGCAUUGCAAAGAGAAGCACAGAAGGCCCGAGCCCUGAAACUGGAAACGAAGCUUUAGGAACAAGGGCAGGUGGAUUUUCGUCGUACACGGCGCUCCAAACCAGCUCUGUAACCGAAUUUCAGUCAAAUAAUGGCAUUAAAGCGUACAGGCUAGUGCAGUCACGGUCAUUAGACCCUGGAACGGUGUGGCAGUUGGUGGCCCGCUAUGCUGAAUACUUUCAUCCGUACCUUCCUUUGGUGCCACGAAAAUACUUUCACCGCAGCGCACUGGAUGCAUUUGCUAAUAAUGAGAAGCAUCUGCUUACUGCCGUCCUCACAAUUGCUUCGAAAGAUUUAAUCGAGCGGCCGGAGAUCCACGAGUACUGCUCCAAAUACAUGCAUGAGCUGAUAUCUGGGAUUGCUGCUGGAGCUGACUGCGAUGUAGAGGCCGUGGAGGCUCUCCUCAUUUUGGCUGAGUGGGAACCCCAAGGGCUUCGCCCGCGUAUUGAGCGCGUGGGUCGUGGGGAGGAGGAUCGAGCUGCCUGGAUGCAUGUUGGGCUCGCCUUGCGAUCUGGCUAUUUUCUCGGCCUAGACAGGACAUCAUUCCGAGGCGACUCUUCUGGAGAUGUGGAAACGGAAGCUCGGAGGCGGCUGGCAUGGACCAGCUGCUACGUAUCGGAUCGAUUAAUAUCUGUCCGUAUAGGACGUGCUUUCUGGUCUCGCGGACCGGGUCCAAUGACUGGACUGGUCAGUCAAGACUUUCCGUCGCUGCAACCAGCCAAGGAUGGCGAUGAGGAUUAUGCUAGGAUCUUUCAGGCCACUUUAGAUCUUACUCAGCUUUACGGGAAUGUUCAUGAUGUUCUCUACUCUGGCAUGCGAACGAGUAACCAGAUGAUGCUCAUGGGUGACUACGUUAAAUACGUGGAUGAUUUUCGCCUUGCAAUCCUGCGAUGGAAGUCGUUAUGGGGGUCUUUGCCAUGCUCGACGUCAAUGAAAGUGACCCUGCAGCUGUCAUACGAAUACUUGAGGUUAUACACAAAUGCAUUUGCUUUCCAGGCGGCAAUUUCGCAAUCGCUGGUGUCCAGAAUGAAGAAUGACGAUCAAGCUCAAAGAGAGCAUUUGCGCACAACCUUCAACAACGUGGCCUCGAUGCAGGAUGCUCGGUUCAUUUAUGAAUCGAUCGAUGCUGCAAAGGCCUACCUCACGAUCCUUGUUGACGUGGUUCAUCCGGAGAAGCAUCUUCAUUUCAUGCCGCUUAGGUUUUACCUGUAUGGCAUCUAUGCAGCCGUGUUCCUAUACAAGGCACGCUCAUUCGGGGUCAUGUCUCAUUUAGAGGAAAUGAAGGUGCGAGACCUUGUUACUCGGACCACAGAAGUCCUCAAGCGAGCAAGUGCCGGAACGGAUGAUAUUGGCUCGCGAUACUCACGGCUUCUCGAACUUCUUUGGAAGCAAAAGUCGAUGCCACCAACAUCACCAGCCGGUACACACCAGAGUAGCGAUGGCUUGAUGCAGAACAACAGUGCCUUAUCACAUCACAUGUCCGACCAAAGUAGCUACGUGCACUUCAGUCCCGCAAACGAUUUCUCAUGGCUAGAUCUCGAAGCUGUUGGGGACUACGUCUCUGGGGAUCAAAUCUCCGGAGCCAACACAUUAGCCUUGGAUACGUUCCAGAACCAGGACCUUUUUCAAGCGGGGCAAGACCGAGCCCAGUCAUGGCAGGUCCCCACCUGGUCGGGUGACAUGAGCAGUAACCUUCUCUUCUGAAUUCUGCAGGUCUUUCCGUGAAGGUGACUUAGAUGAACUGCUCUUAUCUUCCGAAUGGGAAGUUGACGCAAUUCGUUUUUUGGUCUAUACGAAUGAUAAGAAAAAUGGCUGGUGAUGCCCCCAUUUUCUCCCCACGGCGGGUGCGGGGCUGUGGGGGUUGCCGGAAU